AUGAGCAAACAGAAUACAAAGAAGAACAAGAAGGCCAGCAAUGGAUCAUUCCGAUCGAUUUUCAUGCACGCCGACUGGGCCGACAUGUUUCUAAUGACUCUGGGCCUUUUAGGUGCCAUCGGCGAUGGAAUUUCGAUGCCUACGAUGUUACUUAUCACCAGCACCAUCAUGAACAAUAUCGGAGACUCUUCUUCGUUCUCCAUGGAUGUCUUCACCGACAAAAUCAACGAGAGUGCUGUAAAUCUUUGCUACAUGGCUAUUGGAAUUUGGGUCGCAUGUUUUCUCGAGGGGUAUUGCUGGGCAAGAACAGCAGAGAGACAAGCAUCAAGAUUAAGGUCAACCUAUUUAAAAGCAGUAUUAAGGCAAGAAGUUGCAUAUUUUGAUUUAAAUGUCACAAGCACAGCAGAGAUAAUCACCAGUGUUUCGAGUGAUAGUCUCGUGAUUCAGGAAGUCAUAAGUGAAAAGGUGCCUAUGUUUUUGAUGAAUACGUCGAUGUUUGGUGGGGCAUAUAUCGUCGCAUUUAUAUUACUAUGGAGGCUAGCGAUUGUCGGGCUGCCGUUUAUUAUAAUUUUAGUUAUACCUGGUUUGAUAUAUGGAAGGGUUUUGAUGAACUUGUCAAGAAAGAUCAGGGAGGAGUAUAAUAAGGCUGGUACUGUGGCAGAACAGGCGAUUUCUUCGGUUCGGACAGUUUAUUCUUUUGUUGGAGAAAACAAGACUUUAUUGGAGUAUUCUGCUGCUUUAGAAGGCACUGUUAAAUUGGGGUUAAAGCAAGGGAUGGCUAAAGGUGUGGCUAUUGGUAGUAACGGUGUUGUUUUCGCGGUGUGGUCGUUCUUAUGUUGGUAUGGUAGUAGGUUGGUGAUGUACCAUGGUGCUAGUGGUGGCACUGUAUUUGCUGUUGGAGCUGCUAUCGCUGUCGGCGGACUAUCAUUAGGUUCUGGUUUGUCCAACUUGAAGUACUUCUCGGAUGCAAUGGCAGCGAGCGAACGUAUAAGAGAAGUCAUCAUAAGAGUCCCGGAAAUCGAUUCAGACAACAUGGAAGGGGACGUAUUAGAAGAGGUAUCCGGGAGAGUGGAAUUCAAGAACGUUAAGUUUGCGUACCCGUCAAGGCCAGAAUCUUUGAUAUUCAAAGACUUCAACUUAAAGGUGCCCGCGGGGAGGACCGUGGCGUUGGUGGGUGGGAGUGGAUCUGGUAAAUCGACGGUGAUCGCAUUGCUGCAGAGGUUUUAUGAUCCUCAAGGAGGAGAAAUUUGUGUGGAUGGGGUGAGGAUUGAUAAGCUUCAACUAAAAUGGCUAAGAUCGCAAAUGGGGUUGGUGAGUCAAGAGCCUGCUCUAUUCGCCACCACGAUAAAGGAGAACAUACUUUUCGGCAAGGAAGAUGCCACCAUGGAAGAAGUCAUCGAAGCCGCAAAAGCUUCAAAUGCGUAUAACUUCAUCUCUCAGUUACCCCAAGCCUAUGACACCCAGGUUGGUGAAAGAGGAGUUCAAAUGUCUGGUGGGCAAAAACAAAGAAUCGCAAUUGCUCGUGCAAUAAUCAAGUCACCUCGUAUCCUUCUUUUGGACGAGGCCACAAGUGCACUAGACACCGAAUCAGAACGAGUGGUUCAAGAGGCACUUGAUCAAGCAGCCGUUGGUCGAACCACCAUCGUCAUAGCACACCGUCUCUCAACCAUUCGAAACGCAGACAUCAUAGUGGUAGUUCAGGAUGGUCAAGUGGUCGAGUCUGGCUCCCAUGAUUACCUCAUUCAACACGAUAAUGGCCUCUACACAUCACUUGUUCGCCUCCAGGAAACCAAAGGAAAAGAUGAACCACAUAAUCCUAAUUAUCUGCUUGGGCCAUCAUCAGUCACUUCAACAUAUGAUGUCCAAAACACAAGUAGCCGUCGGCAACCAAUAGUUAGCCGGUCAAGCUCCUCAAGCUCAGUAAACCACGGUGGAGGCGAGAAUAUUACCUUAAAUGUCAACCAAGACUUUCCUGUUCCAUCUUUUAAGAGGCUUUUAGCAUUGAAUCUUCCUGAAUGGAAGCAAGCACUGUUAGGGAGCGUGGGUGCAAUUCUAUUCGGUGCAGUCCAGCCACUUUACGCGUUUGCAAUGGGUUCGGUGAUAUCAGUGUAUUUCUUGCCGGAUCAUGAUGAAAUCAAGCGUAGAACGAUGAUUUAUGCAUUGUGUUUCGUUGGUUUGGCUGUUUUCUCAAUGGUAAUCAACAUCAUUCAGCAUUACAAUUUUGCAGCCAUGGGUGAGUGCUUAACAAAGAGGGUCCGAGAAAGAAUGUUGUCAAAGAUACUCACCUUCGAAAUCGGAUGGUUUGAUCAGGAUGAAAAUUCAAGUGGAGCCAUUUGUUCUAGGCUUGCUAAAGAUGCCAAUGUGGUGCGAUCAUUGGUGGGUGAUCGAAUGGCACUUCUAAUUCAAACAAUCUCUGCAGUGACGAUUGCGUGUACAAUGGGGUUGGUAAUUGCAUGGAGAUUGGCAUUGGUUAUGAUAGCGGUCCAGCCUUUGAUAAUUGUGUGCUUCUACUGCAAACGAGUUUUGUUAAAGAACAUGUCACAAAAAGCCAUGAAAUCACAAGAGGAAAGCAGCAAACUUGCAGCUGAAGCAGUCUCGAAUCUACGUACAGUCACAGCCUUUUCGUCUCAAGCACGAAUACUCAAAAUGCUCCAAGAGACCCAAAAAGCACCGAUGCGUGAAAGCAUCAAGCAAGCGUGGUAUGCUGGAUUCGGGCUCGGAUUUUCUCAAAGUCUUAUGGCUUGCACAUGGGCUCUAGACUUCUGGUAUGGUGGGAAAUUGAUUAGUGAUGGUCAUCUUGGGUCGAAAGCGCUUUUUCAGACUUUUAUGAUCUUAGUGAGCACUGGAAGGGUCAUUGCGGAUGCUGGGACCAUGACAAAUGAUCUAGCCAAAGGGUCUGAUGCGGUGCAGUCUGUGUUUGCGGUGUUGGACCGUUACACCUUGAUUGAACCCGAGGACCCUGAUGGUAAGAAGCCCGAUAUCAUUACAGGUCAUAUAGAGAUACGCGAUGUGGACUUUGCAUACCCUGCUCGCCCUGACAUCAUGAUCUUUAAAGGGUUCUCCAUUAAUAUUGAAGCUGGGAAAUCUACAGCAUUGGUCGGACAAAGUGGAUCUGGAAAAUCAACCAUAAUUGGGUUGAUCGAGCGUUUUUAUGAUCCAAUAAAAGGCGUUAUCAAAAUCGAUGGAAGAGACAUAAAGUCGUACCAUUUAAGAACUCUAAGGAAAUACAUUGCACUCGUCAGCCAAGAGCCUGCACUAUUCGCGGGUACGAUACGUGAAAACAUCCUAUACGGGGCUUCUGAGGAAGUUGGUGAAUCCGAGAUGAUCGAGGCCGCAAAAGCAGCCAAUGCACAUGACUUCAUAGCGGUUUUGAAAGAUGGCUACGAUACACAGUGCGGUGAUCGAGGGGUUCAGCUCUCUGGAGGACAAAAACAACGUAUUGCCAUAGCACGUGCCAUACUGAAAAACCCAGUGAUUUUGUUGCUUGAUGAAGCCACUAGUGCACUAGAUAGUCAAUCAGAAAAAGUCGUGCAAGAAGCGCUUGAGCGAAUGAUGAUUGGGCGGACGAGUGUGGUGGUUGCACACCGAUUGAGUACCAUACAAAGUUGUGACACAAUUGCGGUUUUGGAGAAGGGGAAGGUGGUCGAGAAAGGGAACCAUGGCUCGUUGCUAGCGAAAGGACCGGCUGGCGCUUACUACUCCUUGGUUAGCCUUCAAAAGACUCCUGCUUCUAACCAUACCAUUGACUAAAGUUGGGUGGGUCGGUUUGGUUUUUUGUGAACCUUAAGGAUGGUAUAUACUAAGAUAUGUUUGUUAGGCAUGUCAUUUCUUAACACAGAAAUGAUCUUGAAAUAGUUGAUAUAUUUGUAACCAGUAAAUAUUUUGCUUUUAAUCCAAUAAUCUAGAUUCACAUUAAUGUUCAA